AUGGGUUUAUCGUUGAGAACGUGGGUGGCAAGUAUACUCCUCCUUACACAUCUCGUCCAUGGAGCUCUUGGUUGGGGAGUCGAUGGUCAUUACGCUGUCUGCAAGAUAGCUCAGAGCUAUUUUGAGCAAAAAACUCUAGUUGCAGUGAAGAAAAUUCUGCCUGCAUAUGCAAAUGGUGAACUAGCAGCUGUUUGCUCAUGGCCUGAUGAGAUCAAACGCCGCCCUGAGUGGAGCUGGACUUACGCUUUGCAUUUUGUUAACACACCUGAUAACGAAUGCAACUAUGAGUAUUCUCGGGACUGCCAUAAUGACAAGUGCGUGACAGGAGCAAUCUUCAAUUACACAAGCCAAUUAAUGUUUCAAUUCCACUAUAACUUGACAGAAGCUCUCAUGUUCGUAUCACACUUUAUGGGAGAUAUCCAUCAGCCCUUGCAUGAAGGUUUUGUUGGAGAUCAAGGUGGUAACAAAAUCAAACUCAAUUGGUACGAACAAGAAACUAAUUUGCACCGUGUGUGGGAUAACAAGAUAAUUGAGUCUGCUCAAGAGAAAUACUACAAUUCAAGCCUUUCAGUCAUGAUUCAUUCCCUUCAACACAAACUCAAGUACGCCUGGUCAAAUGAUGUUCCGUCAUGGGACUCAUGUCCACCUCACGAAACAGCGUGCCCAAAUCCAUAUGCUUCUGAAAGCAUUGACCUUGCCUGUAAGUAUGCUUACAAGGACGCUGCCCCAGGGACUACACUAGGAGAUGACUACUUCCUCUCUCGGCUGCCCAUUGUAGAGAAGAGAAUUGCACAAGGCGGGAUUCGCUUGGCAGCGACUCUAAACCGAAUCUUUUCUCCCAAACCGAGUCUCGCUGCCGCAUGA